CCAUAGAGGGACGGAUGCAUAAACACACACACAUACAUAUUUACAGGCACGCUCGCAGCAACUCAUUUUGCCCAGCUCCAUGAAGAUGCUGCUCUUCUUCUUAUUUUCACUCUUCCAUUUCAACCCAUCGCUGAGCCUAAAAAUCUGCUCCUUCAAUGUGAGGUCUUUUGGAGAAACUAAAAUAGCCAGACCUGAAGUCAUCAAUGCUGUGGUAAAGAUCAUUUCCCGCUGUGACAUUAUGCUGCUGAUGGAAAUAAAGGACAGCAAGAACCGUGUUUGUCCUCUCCUGGUGGAGAAGCUCACCAGUCAGCUGAAGGGGCCAAAGGAGGAGUACAGGUACGUGGCCAGUGAGAGGCUGGGAAGGAACAGCUACAAGGAGCAGUAUGCCUUCCUCUACAGGCAAAAUCUGGUAUCGGUGAAACAAACCUACCAGUACCCUGACACACAGCCUGGGGAUGAGGAUGUCUUCUCCAGAGAGCCCUUUGCCAUCUGGCUGCAGUCUCCCAAAACCGCUGUCAGUGAGUUUGCUAUUAUCCCUCUGCACACCAAACCAGACACAGCAGUGCGGGAGAUUGAUGAGCUCUAUGAUGUCUAUUUAGAUGUCAAACAGCGCUGGAAAAUCGAGAACUUCAUCUUCAUGGGGGACUUCAAUGCUGGGUGCAGCUAUGUUCCCCAAAAGCAGUGGAAGAACAUCCGUCUGAGGACUUACUCCGAAUUCCUCUGGCUAAUUGGUGACAAAAAUGACACAACAGUGAAGAACAGCACCAGAUGCCCUUAUGACAGGAUUGUGGUCAGUGGACAGAAGCUCAUCCAGGCUGUGGUGCCACACUCUGUCAACAUCUUUGAUUUCCAGGAGGAAUUUCAGAUGACCCAGGAGCAGGCGCUGGGAGUGAGUGACCACUUCCCGGUAGAAUUCGAGUUAAAAGCAAAAGGUGGCUUUUUCAACUGGCUGAGAUCAAAGUUUUCAAGGAAGAGGAGACCAAAGAAGAGCCACUGAUUGAGAUCAUGAGCAUGCUGAGUCCUCCUACAUGGCAUGGAAAUACACAGAUGCCAACAGAUCUUGUGUAAGAGUGGUGUAGAAAUACUCACAGCAAGUGCAAUAUUUGGUGGGUAAAAAUCACCAAAUAUUCUGUUAAAGUUCAAAUAUUUUGAGUGAGAAGGUGAAUUAAACCUUCACACUGUUUUUCCUUCAUUGUAUAGAGAAACAAAUCAGCUAGAAGCAGCACACUGUACUUACUAUGCUGGUCACAAAUGUAAGGAGCUACUGCAGGGCUAAAACACUUCUGUGUGCUUUACCUGCAUCACCUGAAGGGCAGGGAGCUCCACAUGUUCCCAGGGGCUCUGGAGCUCUGCCAUUCCUCUGCAGGGCAGAAGGAUUAAAAGGACCUUUUUUAGCAUCA